AUAAUUCUUUCGUGCUGAAAUCUUUAUAACUACAACUUACUUUAAUCGACCCAUCGUCUCUAAUACCUCUCGUUUCUGAAGCAGUCAGAGCUAGUCAAACUUGCUGGCGGAAUUUGCUAGUUACGGUGAUGCAGAUGCCAAUCCUACCUACUCUAGACGACAUUAGAGCAUCUAUCGUGCAGCUUGAAGAUCGACACCGACGAAAUGGCGUAGUGCUGAGUGGACGGAUUUUGCAUGUCUGUCACUCUUUACCGGUUACCUGCACUCUACAUAUCGACAAAGACGAAGCCUCGUCAUCUUCGAGGAAAUGGAAACUUGGCCCGCGAUACGGCCACGCAGCGAUGAUUUCUGGUAUUCGAUCGCUCAGUGCAACACACGAACAGAUCAUCGUUGGCUGGACGGGUGACAUCGAGGGCUCAGAAGACGAGAAGAAAGAAGUCGGGCAGGUGACGGAAGAUGACAGGACACAGUUGAACGAACUACUUUCUAAAGGUGGUGAAGAGGACGACGUACACGAAGCACACGACAAGGGUCAUCAUCACACAGGCUACGCAGCUGUCUGGAUGUCUUCUCCCGUCGCGCACGGUUACUAUGAUGGCUACUGCAAACAAAUCCUGUGGCCUCUUUUCCACUACCUCCUUUGGCAGGAUGUUGCCACUGAGUAUGCUUCUGCUGACUCUCAUUAUCCUCACUACGAAGCUGCCAAUGCCGCAUUUGCACGUAGGAUAGCAGAGCUUUAUCGCCCAGGAGACCUUAUCUGGGUACACGAUUAUCACCUACUUCUACUCCCCAGUUUACUUAGGGAACUGCUGCCGGAUGCGGUAGUUGGCCUUUUUGUCCAUACACCCUUCCCGAGUUCCGAAGUAUUCAGAUGUCUUCCCAGGCGAAAGGAAAUUCUCGACGGUAUGCUCGGAGCUAACCUCGUCUGCUUCCAGAAUUACUCUUACACCCGGCAUUUUGUCUCUACUUGCAUACGUGUCUGUGGAUAUGAAUCCCAGCUUGGCGGUCGUGGUAUCGAAAACCCAUCCUCUUCUCACGUUACUGCCGUUAGCUACUGUCCGGUCGGAAUUGACGCUGAACGAGUAGCGAGGGACGUAUUAAGACCUGGAAUCAAACCUAAAUUCGAUGCUUUGAAGACGUUGUAUCAAGGGAAGAAGAUCAUUGUCGGAAGGGACAAACUGGAUGUUGUGAAGGGAGUGUUGCAAAAGCUGAGAGCGUUCGAAAAGAUGUUGCAGAUGUACCCGGAAUGGGUGGGGAGGGUUGUAAUGAUCCAAGUGACGAGUCCAUCACUCGCAGAUUCACCUAAACUCGAACGUCAAGUGUCUGAACUCGUAGCACACAUAAACGGCACCUACGGUUCACUUGACUUCAUUCCCUGUCAUCACUAUCAUCAAACGUUGAAGAAGGACGAAUUCUACGCUCUACUGAGUGUAGCGGAUCUCGCGGUGAUUACACCAUUGAGGGAUGGGAUGAAUACAACCAGUAUGGAGUUUGUUAUUGCACAGGAGCGCACCAAACGAUCGCCUUCUGUUCUUUCUGAACUCAUGGGCGUGAUGGGUAUCUUAGGGCCGAAGGGACCAGGUGAUACGAAUGAGAGUGGUGAGAAAGAGCCCAUCUCACCCGGCGGACUCAAUGGACACGGUAGUCCGGCAUCGCCAAACAUGAACAUAGCGAACAACAAAAUGAGGUUGAACGGGAUUGACAUAUCCAAGCGCAAAUUCGCGUGGAACUCCAAUUCUCCCUCUGUUAUCCCCACCCCAACUCCUGUAGUAAGAGGAGAUCCGAUUGCAUACGCUGCUUCUGCCUAUACAGCCAACGAUCUAAAUGGGAAGUCGGGUCCUGCCCUGAAUGGGUUCAGUAGUGAAUCUGACAAUGAUUCUUCCUCCCCGGGAUGCUCAACACAGGGCGCUCUCUGGGUUAAUCCAUGGGACCUACACACCGUCGCUUCUGCUAUGCACCGCGCUCUACUCAUGCCAGAGGCAGAGAAAGCUACUCGGCACAAGUACCUUUACGAUGUCGUCACCACCCGAACAAGCCACAUGUGGGCGAACGUGUUGACAGAGAUGCUCUUGCAGCAGAUGACACCGAGUGUCCAUGGCAAGAGCGAUGCUAACGCAACAGGGGGAUCAAAGAGGGGCAUUCCUUACCUUGACAUUGCACGUUUGCGAAAGUGGUACGAUGCAGCGUCUACCAUAUCGUCAUCAGCCUCGAUAACUCAUCAACCUACUCAUCCUCGUGUGAAACCGACACGAUUAUUCUUCUUCGACUAUGACGGUACUCUCGCACCCAUCGUUAAAGUUCCUUCAGCCGCUGUACCAAGUGAGCAGGCGUUGAACGCGUUGAAUAACCUCUGUAAAGAUGAGAGGAACUUGGUUUACAUUAUCUCUGGCCGGGAUGCUGAUUUCCUCGAUGAACACCUUGGCUCCGUAGGGACUGCUGAUGGCGGCCGAGGGUUGGGGUUCAGUGCUGAACAUGGCGGGUUCGUAAAAGAACCGAAAAGUAGCACAGAUGGUUCUGCAUCCCCUUGGCGCAAUUUCACCUCUAAGCUCGAUAUGUCUUGGAUGUCCGAAGUUUAUGAAGUCUUCCGCUAUUACACAGAACGUACCACAGGCUCGCACAUUGAAGUAAAAAAGUCAAGUAUCACAUGGCAUUAUCGGGGUGCUGAUCCUGAGUGGGGUCAAUUCCAAUGUCGCCAGUGCCAGGAUUUGUUAGAAAAUAAUGUUGCCCAUAAGAGGCCCAUUGAGGUCCUGGUUGGCAAAAAGAACCUUGAAGUACGGCCAAUUGCUGUGAACAAAGGCGAGAUUGUGAAGAGGCUAGUGUACAAGCACCCUGAGGUGGAGUUUAUCUUUUGCGCAGGAGAUGACAAGACGGACGAGGAUAUGUUCCGCGCCUUGAGACAGUUCACGGAACGUCCUUCAUCCUCUCCUAAGACGGAAUCAUCUUCCAACGGCAACGGCAAGGUUGAGUUUGUAAUGGAAGCACCCUUGAGUGUGACGUUAGUCGAUGGUGAUGACGAAGAGGGACCGGCCUCGCAAACCAACAAUACCUCGCUCAACGGCAAAUACCCCCCGAUGAAGAUCCACCUUGCCCCUGAAGCCGUUUUCACUGUCGCAGUUGGGCAUUCGUCCAAACGCACACUUGCAAGCUGGCAUGUGCCGAGUCCUGCAGAGGUGGUGGGCGCUGUAGAAGGACUGUUGGGUUUGAUUACUCCCGAAGAGGCAUCAAAUCAGAGUCAAAAGGAGGAUUAGUGGUAAUAGAUUUGACGCAAGCGACUAACUCUGCAGAUACAUGAUACGAUUGCUUAGUUUUCUUGGGGGGUGUUUACUUUACAAUACUCACUUCUAUGUAGACAAUAUGUACAGAACAGAUAUUUAUAAGUAUAGAGCAACGCUGGAUU